AUGGCGCAAAUGGCCGACCCAAGAGACGCUCAACGGCCGCAAUACCCUCCGCCGGAUGAUCCCAACCAGGCUGGCUACUAUUCAACACAAUCUCCUCAGAGACCUGGAGCAAGAGAUGAUCGCAGUCCAUACCCUCCUCCACCAGAGUCCGCCCGUCAAGGCCAGUACCCAGACCCUAGAGCAGCGCAUCCGUAUCCUCCUCCGCAGACGUGGCCGCCUCAACACGGUGGCUACCCUCCUCACCAUUAUCCGGAUCCUCAACACCCUGGAUAUGCUUAUCCUCCCAGGCCUGAUAUGGCUCAGCCGCCUCAACCCAUGCAGCCUGAUGCGUACCGCCUUCCACCACCAUAUCCUCCUCACGGGUAUUAUCCUCCUCCGCAGCAUUAUGCUCCUCCCCCUCCUCCUGCUGCAGCUCCCCGACAGCGGACGGCCAUAGCUUGCAAAUAUUGCCGUAAGAGAAAGAUCCGCUGCUCUGGGUAUGACAGUUCACCGGAUGGCCGAUGUCAAAACUGUGUCCGGUUCAACCAGCAAUGUCUCUUCCAUCCGGUCUCAUCGCAAGCUGCCUUCGUACCGGCUAAUGCCGUCUAUGGACCUGGCGCCGCCCGCGCUCCCGUGGCGGGCGGCGGUGAUAAUCGUUCCAACGGCCAUUAUCCUCGUGAGGGAGAACAACCAAUGCUCUAUGGUGCUCACGGCCAACCUCUCGGGCCUGCUGGACCUCACGGUCAACCUCAGUACAACUACCCGCCACCGCCGGCUUCCCACGGAUACCCUCCGCAAUAUCCCUACCCGGGUCCGAACAUGGCUCCCUACCCUCCUCCGGCUGGAUCACCGUAUGAAGCACAGGGGCAGGCUCAACCCGCCCAGCAUGAUGAUCGUGUCAGUCUAAAGCGCCCCCCUCCUGAUGAUGACCCGCACAACGAGAACACUCAUGCUUCUCAGUCUCCCCAUCCCAACGCGCGUCCUCGACACAGCACUUAUGACUCGCGCGCCAAUAGCAGUGGUAGCUACGAGUAUGCUGAUCCCGUCAGCGGUGCUCCCACUUCUCCUGCGACAUCGACCAUGAGCUACCAAUCUCACCCUCCUCAACAACAAUCUCGAUUUCCCAACGGCACCCAGUCUCAAAAGGGUACAACUUCCCCUUCGCAAGGCUUGACGCCGCAAUCGGGGCAAAGUUUCAACUCUCCCCAUCAAGGCGCAAACCAUGAUGACGGACGUACUCCACCACCCAACCAAGCCAACGGCGGAAGCUCAUUGUUGCCAAAUGGUCGUAGCGGUAUGAGUGUCCACGACAUGCUAGGUAAUCCGUCGGGCGCCCCAGAGCAGCGAGGCAGGAGUGACAACGAAAUGCUGAGCAAGCUUGACGGCAAGAAAAAGGAGCACGCUUUGUGA